AUGCAGCCCUUCCAAAUGCUUGCCGUUUUCUCCGGGGCCGCGGCCGCGGUUUCGCUGCCUGUCCUAGAGGCCCGUGGGCCGGGAUGCCCGGCUGACAGCGUGCCUACCAACAUCACUCUUUGUGAGGCUGGCAACCCACGUAUCUGCGAGUGUACCUCGUGGCUGAUGACGGGUGGUUUCGUCCACUGCGGUAACCCGCUUGGCGACCCGACUGUCGGCUACAACCCUAUUUACCCAACCGCAUAUUAUCCCUCUGGCUGCGACCAGAAUGGUUACGUAAGUUAG